AGUCGAAUAAGCAAUUUGCUGAGUUUGCUACACAGUGAGGCAGAAACGCUGAAAGCAGUCGAUAAGGCAUCACUGAAAUUAACGGAAAAUGAUAUUACGCAGAUCAAGAAAUAUCUGUCGCGGACUCAAGAAGCGCUCGAAGCAGUGGUGGAUGUGGUGCAUCAAAACGCCGAUGAUCUCAGUGUGAUUGAAACUCAUCUCAAGUGA